UAGUAAUGGCUGGAAGCUUAAAAUAGAUCUGGGGAGGAGCUCAUGGAGAAGCAGAGAAGCAGUCAGCACCUCUGGCCUUUUGCAUUUUGGAAAUUACUUUGGUCUGUUUUUAUUUCUUUCCACUCAAUGACCAGAAAAUACAGCCCUUCACUGACAUAGCUAACAAAUUCCACGAUGAACUAAUUUAGAUCGGCCAAAAUAAUUGUUCCACAGGGACACAGGAAUUCAACCUCAGUUCAGAAAAUCCCUGACAUCUGACGCAGGAGGAUUUAUAGGUUUAGUGGAAAUUGCUUUUUCCUACUCACCAGAUUACAUACUGCUGGUUGAUUUUUUUUUUUUUUGCAGGAGUAAACAUCCUUCUAAUAACGAACAGACCAAUAAUGUCUUAAGAGAAAAAAAGAACAUCUGUCUCCUUUUUGCGCUUUCUUGAAAGGACUGUUUGGAUUUGGGAUUCCAUGUUGGCCGUCCAGAAUAUGAAAAUUGGCAUCUUCCUUUUGUGGUGGGGAUGGACACUGGCCGCUGAAAGCCGAGUGCACUGGCCAGGAAAAGUACACGAGAUGUCUAAGAAAGGCAGCCCAAUUCUGAAACGGAGCCCUGACAUCACCAAGUCGCCUCUGACAAAGUCGGAACAACUACUGAGGAUAGAUGACCAUGAUUUCAGCAUGAGGCCUGGCUUUGGAGGCCCUGCCAUUCCCGUUGGCGUGGAUGUGCAGGUGGAGAGCUUGGACAGCAUCUCAGAGGUCGACAUGGACUUCACGAUGACCCUGUACCUGAGGCACUACUGGAAAGACGAGCGACUGUCUUUUCCGAGCACCAACAACCUGAGCAUGACAUUUGAUGGGCGGCUGGUGAAGAAGAUCUGGGUCCCCGACAUGUUUUUUGUCCACUCCAAGCGCUCCUUCAUCCAUGACACCACCACAGACAACGUGAUGCUGCGGGUCCAGCCUGAUGGGAAAGUCCUCUACAGCCUCAGGGUGACAGUGACUGCCAUGUGCAACAUGGACUUCAGCCGCUUUCCCCUGGACACCCAAACGUGCUCACUGGAAAUUGAAAGCUAUGCUUACACGGAAGAUGACCUCAUGCUCUACUGGAAAAAAGGCAAUGACUCCUUGAAGACAGAUGAGCGGAUCUCACUCUCUCAGUUCCUCAUCCAAGAAUUCCAUACCACCACUAAACUAGCCUUCUACAGCAGCACAGGCUGGUACAAUCGUCUCUACAUUAAUUUCACUCUGCGUCGACACAUCUUCUUCUUCUUGCUCCAAACCUAUUUCCCUGCCACCCUGAUGGUCAUGUUGUCCUGGGUGUCCUUCUGGAUCGACCACAGAGCUGUGCCUGCCAGAGUGCCCUUAGGCAUCACGACAGUGCUGACCAUGUCCACCAUCAUCACGGGCGUGAACGCGUCCAUGCCCCGCGUGUCCUACAUCAAGGCCGUGGACAUCUACCUCUGGGUCAGCUUCGUGUUCGUGUUCCUCUCAGUGCUGGAGUACGCGGCCGUUAACUACCUGACCACGGUGCAGGAGCGGAAGGGGCGGAAGCUGCGGGAGAAGCUUCCCUGCACCUGCGGGUUACCCCAGGCCCGCGCCGUGAUGCUGGACGGCAGCUACAGCGAUGGCGAGGUGAACGACCUGGGCAACUACAUGGCGGAGAACGGAGAGAAGCCCGACCGCAUGAUGGUGCAGCUGACCUUGGCCUCGGAGAGGAGCUCCCCGCAGAGGAAAAGCCAGCGGAACAGCUACGUUAGCAUGCGGAUCAACACCCACGCCAUCGAUAAAUACUCCAGGAUCAUUUUCCCAGCCGCGUACAUAUUCUUCAACUUAAUAUACUGGUCUGUCUUCUCGUAGACACCUGUGAUUCUGUAAGUCUCGCAUCAUUAACAGCAUGCACUGCAGCAAUACCUGUCUGAUAAAAAGAAUUUAUGCCUAAAAAAAGCCCAAGUACCCACCUGUUUCCGCCAUCCCUUGUCCAGUUUUCCAAAGCUACACUGAUAACACAC